UUUACUGAUCUGUGAUCUAAUGGUUGUUAACCUUCUCAUUUGUGGGAACAUUGGGAUUUAUUUUAAUCAUUUAUUUACUUUCUCCUUACCAUUAAGCUAUGGUCGUUUAAAUAGUCAAAAAACUUGGUUCCUUUUAUACUUCCAGAUGUUAUCCAAUUUAAUUUUAGAUUAUUUCAAACAAUCGAAAUGUAUAUAGUAUUUUUAGUUUUUGUAUUAUUUUUGCAAGUUCUAUGUGAUAAUUAUUCAACUAUUGAUUUACCAGAAGAUCAUUUGCCAUAUUAUUUUGCAAAUUCUCCUAAGGUAGUAGAAAGAUGUUUAAACGAUAAUGACUGUCCCUAUAAACCAUUUUUGAAUAAAAGUAAAUGCUGGGGUUAUGAAUAUGAUUGCAAAUGGGACAAACAAUAUUCUGUACCUGCUUGUCCUGGCGAUCAUAAAGGCUGGGUAAAAACCAAAUUUGCUCAGCAGACGACUUUUUACACUCAAGCAGAUUUUGGUUACAUAAAACAGCAAUUACGAGAAAUGCGAGUGCUGUGUGAACCUUUGUUUCCCGAUGACAGUUCCUUAGAAUGCACAGAACAUUUGCGGUUUUGCCGAGGAAGAAAUAUAAUGUUAAAUUUUACUAGGCUGAUAAGUGUAGAAGAGCCAAUUAGAUACAAAAUGGAUGUUUUGCAAGAAGGAGAUAUUGGUGGUUACUGUGACUUUCACAAGGACAGAUUGAUUGAACAAGCUGAUCAUAUAAGUCCUUUACAAAGUUGGGGACCUGAAAUGAGGUAUUUUACUAGACUUAAUCGUAGACCUAUAGUUGAAGGAGACUGUGAUGUAGUUAUAGAAAAACCGACUUUUAUUAUGAAGAUAGAUGCUACAGUAAAUAUGUAUCAUCAUUUCUGUGACUUUUUAAAUCUAUAUGCAUCUUUACAUUUAAAUGCAACACAGGAAGAUGCAUUUUCUAAGGAUGUGCAUGUGUUAAUAUGGGAAACAUUUACAUACCGCUCAGCAUUUGAAGAAACUUGGCAAGCUUUUACUGAUCAUUCCAUAUGGGACUUAAAGACAUUUAGGGGUGACACAGUAUGUUUUAAAAAUGUAGUUUUUCCUUUAUUGCCAAGAAUGAUAUUUGGUUUGUAUUAUAAUACUCCAAUAAUCUAUGGCUGUGAAGGCAGUGGUUUAUUUGAUGCUUUCUCAAAGCAUGUUUUGCAUCGAUUAGAAAUACCAUUCCAUACACGCUAUAAUAAGAAAAUCCACAUCACUUUUCUAUCGAGAGAAACUAAAUACCGAAGAGUGUUAAAUGAAGAUGAACUUAUAGAUUCCUUGAAAGAGAAUGAGGAUUAUGAGGUAAUUAAAAUUGUAUAUGAUAGAAAUAUGCCAUUUAAGAAACAACUGGAGAUCUCAAGAAAUUCAGAUAUAUUUAUAGGUAUUCAUGGAGCCGGUUUGACUCACUUACUCUUUCUACCAGAAUGGGCAGUUGUUUUUGAAUUGUACAACUGUGAAGAUAUGAACUGCUACCUUGAUCUGGCUCGUUUAAGAGGGGUAAAAUACAUAACUUGGGAGGAUGGAGAUAAAUUUACGUCCAUAAAGGAUGAAUCAUACACUGGUGGAGCACAUGCAAAAUUUGCCAAUUAUUCCUUUGAUGUCGAAGAAUUUAAAAGAUUAGUAGUGAAAGCCGCAAAACAUGUAAAAAAUCAUCCAAAAGUCAAGAAUAUUGUAUAUGGUGUAAAUGAAAGGCAUCCCCAUGAUGAAUUGUAAUUAUAUUUUACAUAGUUAAAAUAUUUAAUCUCAUUUUUACAAUAUUAACGUGAUCUAAUUUAUACAUUUCUUU